GCAAAUGCAACUGAAUGUGACUGUAAUCCAAAGAACAAAAAACUCAACACUGACAGUUUACCGGCACCGCUUACCGUAGAAACAACAAGCGAAGUACCGCCGGCAACAACGGUAUAUCGAACAGCAAGAGAAAUUUCUGUCACCUUAGAGCCUAGUCAAAAUGCAUUUGUCUAUGUUUUUGAAUUUUCGGCUUUAUCACCAGUACUAAAAAGUUGGUUUUUUGCGGGUUCUUCUGCAAAUCCGUCAGUGACAUACACGGUACCUAAUCCGUGUACCGAUUAUCAGUUUCGAGUAUUUGCGAUAAUGCCGACCAGUAACAACAACUAUCAACUUAUUGUUUACCGUUCAAGAGCAGUACCAAUGGAACUUCCCCCGUUCUCGUUACAACCUGACCAGAUUAAAAUGGAGCAAAUUGUUUAUAAUAAAGAUAAUCGAACAAUUAACGUUUAUAUUAACUGGAAAAACCCUCGUGGUUAUACGGAUUCAGAUAUAUACGGAUAUGAGUCACCGGCUGUUUAUCCAAUUCAGUGUUUAUCACCUGAAGAGCAGUUGCCGACCCCAAUUGUGGAGACUUUUAGUAAGGGUGGUAGGCUAAAGUUAGUGUUACCCAUUGAAAUGUUGGAACAGAAAUGCCGAUUAUGGUUCGAAGUCCGUAUGUUACCGAUGUGUAUACGUAUGGAACCAUUUACCAUUCAACAGACUGUUGAAUUAGACUGUAGCCGCCUUCAAACGAUUGAUAUCUGCAGACACAGUUUACCUCCACAGUGCACUGAAGUUGUUGAUAUAUGGGGUGCCGGUAAAGAUGUAACAUUUAUGUGGGCUGCUCCAUCACAAAAUCAUCGGCCACUUUACUAUGUGGUACGGUAUGGACCUGCAGAAAUGCAUGGUGCUGAGCCAGUUGUAACCUGGGAAAUUGUCUCUGAAAAUGAAAUAAAAGUUGACGGUGAUAGCAGUCUGGUAAAAGUUAUGGUUGAAGAAGACAAAAAUUAUGGUGCGCAAAUAUGUGCGGUGUACGAUGAAGAAAAUAGCAACAUUAAAUUUGAUCUGGUCAAAGUGAUACCAUUUGCAUGUUCAAGUUGUUCAUCAACUUCUGGAAAGUCGUUGGAACGUUGUGGAGAAUGUUCAAAAAUUGAAAACCCAGAUAGUAUUCUGAUGCGUCGUUGUCAUCCAAAGGGCGGAAUUGGUUGUGUUAAAUGGCAAAAAAAUGAAGAUUCUGUGAACCCAGCAAAUCUGUUAAACUCCGGUUUAGAAACUUCUGGUGAAGCAUUUAUAAAAAACAAUGAAGUUCUAUCAACUGAUAAUAAUGAAUCAAUGAACAAUAAUCUCAAUAUGACUACAAAUUUGAAUAAAACUGUUGCUAAAUCUAUGUCUUCAAAUAAACCGCUAGCGAGUGAUAUUGAAGAAACCAUUGAAAAAAUGCUUGGAUCUGAAUUGAGAACCACGAACGAUCAUCUGUUCAAUGAUAUUUCUGAAACAAGAACGACAGAAUCUAUCGGCACAAAAUCUCUCCUGCUUACUACAUUAGCAACUACUACAACUGCUAUCACUACAAGCGACGAUAAAGUUUUUUCUGAAGAAACAACAGAUAGUAGCAGUUUAUUUGUUAGCACCUCUUUAUCGGACGUUGAAGAAACCACAGAAUCAGACCAACAGCCAGAGACUACUAUUUUUACGUCGACAGAAAAUGUCACUUUACCACCUCUAGAAAGAGUGUCGGCAGUAAUGUUUGUAACAGUGAACAGUACAAGUCCUGUAAUCAAAAAUCAAACUGACGGUUCAAUUGAAGAGGUGCCAACCAUUUUUGGUACACAUGAUGUUCGUCUGCACCAAGCAACAUUUAAAAUGAAAGAAGAAUGUUUUCUUGAUAAUAAUGUCAUGUGCGAAUUUGGAUGUCUAACCAACAUAAAGUGCUUCUGUCCACUGGAAACUCAUGUUCCAACUGCAAAUGGUGGAUGCAUUUUACCGAAUACUGAACAGGAAAAUAGCAACGCUUCUAACUGCCUUCGAGUGGACGAUGUUAACGCCACAUGGGAUUCGCAGCUGACAUUGUUGAAAUUGAGCAGUACAGAUUUGUAUCAUAAAAUUCAAGAAAAUGAUGACGUAAGUAAAGUGUAUUUGGAGUUUGGUAAACUUGAUGGUAAGGCAUUAUUUAUGGAUAGGAAAUUGGAUGAAGAUGAAUUACCAGACUAUAAUUUUGCUGAUGAUAAACGUUAUAAGGUUGUUAUCGAAGCAGAGGAAAUUAUUCGACAAAAGUUUUUCAUACAAAAACCAUUUCCAUUUUAUUUGAAUGAAAUAAUUGAACCGUUGACAAACGCUUAUGGAAUGCGUAUUUGUACUUAUAGCAGCAAUUCACAGGCAUCAAAGCAACAGUCAAGAAACGAGGAUCUUGACCUACAAUCUAACAUCAUCACUGAAAAGUACUUUAAUGACUCUCAGUUUGCUUGCUGCUUGUAG